AAUGGAUUUUCUCGACGUAUCGCUUAUUCGCGAUGGUCGAACAGGGAAGCAUGCCAGAUUGCCUAAGGAUACUAAGUUACGGGAUACAAUCACUAUGGGUUCAAUGGAUGUUCCGUUGGAAGAGAAGAUGGUUACAAUCUGUUAUGGAACGGAUUUAGUCAAUGUGCAAUUCAUCAAUUUCGCCGCUAAUUCGCGGGACGUUGCCCGUGAAUGGUGCGCAAAUAUUUUUAGCUAUGCGACGAAUUUAAUUUCAGCUAACUUGGGACCUAUGGCCAGUCUGGAAAAAGCGUAUGCUAAACUGUAUUACGUCACUAAUGCCGAUGGAAAGAUUGCGGUUAAAAACAUCAUUCGGCUUUUCUCUCAGCAUAAAGAUGAUAGAAAGAGGGUUGAAAAAGCUUUAGAAGCUGCCAAUUUAUCGUUCGGCAAAAACGAUUCGAUUGCGCCUGAAAAUUUCUCUUUCGAUGUCUUCUUGACCUUUUACAGGCAUCUGUGUACAAGAAACGAAGUGGAUAAGAUAUUUUAUGAACUAGGAGCUAAACAGAAACCCUACUUGACCGCUGAACAGUUUAAGGAAUUCCUGAACGCCGAGCAGCGUGAUCCUCGACUGAACGAGAUACUUUAUCCCUACUUUGAUAUAAAAAGGGCGCAAGCCAUUAUUGAUCAGUACGAACCGAAUGGCAGCUUGGCUAGCAAAGGUCAUUUAACUCAAGAAGGAUUUCUACGCUAUCUAAUGUCGGAAGAAAACGCCCUGGUACCUCCCGAGAAAUAUGAUCUAAGCCACGAUAUGGAUCAGCCAUUAGCCCAUUACUUUAUUAAUUCGUCGCAUAACACAUACCUGACAGGCCAUCAAUUAACUGGACGAUCUUCAGUUGAAAUGUACAGACAGACGUUAUUGACCGGUUGCAGGUGCAUCGAAUUGGAUUGCUGGGACGGUAAAGGUGCUGACGAAGAACCAAUAAUAACUCACGGCUAUACAAUGUGUACGGAAAUCUCCUUCAAAGAGGUGAUCGAAGCUAUCGCAGAGAGCGCUUUUAAAGUGUCCGAUUAUCCCGUCAUUUUAUCCUUCGAGAACCACUGCUCUCCGAGACAACAAGCAAAAAUGGCCGCUCAUUGUAGGAAUAUAUUCGGAGAUAUGCUCUUGGUUGAUGCAUUAGAUUCGCAUCCGCUAAAGCACGCUUCUGGCUUACCCAGUCCUGAGCUUCUCAAACGGAAAAUUCUAAUCAAGAUUAAGAGAAAGCAUAAACAUCGCGUGCCCAAGCCAAAAUCGAAAGAUUCGUCGAACGCGGCAGCUACCCAACAAAGCGCUAUCUCGACAGCGACCGAAGCGACGUCAGCGGAGACGUCAGAUGGCGUUGCACCAACCGAAGUGGACGCUGGCGACGGUUCGGAAUCCGAUACGUCGAUGGAAGAUAGUGAUGAAGAUGACGAUGUAACGGGUUUAACAGAAGAGGAGGAGAAGAGAAGGAUGAAGGAAAAGAAGGAGAGGGGUACAGCCGGACAAGAAGCUGAAGCCGGUAUGGAAAUGUCGGAACUUGUUAAUUAUAUACAACCGGUCCAUUUUCAUAGUUUCGAGUCAGCGGAAAAAAGAAAUAGGAGCUACGAAUGCUCUUCCUUCGUUGAAACGCAAGCGACUAAUUUAUUAAAAGAAUUACCAGUAGAAUUUGUCAACUACAAUAAACGCCAGUUGAGCAGAAUAUACCCGAAAGGUACAAGAGUCGAUUCGGGUAACUACCUGCCGCAAGUGUUUUGGAACGCCGGUUGUCAGUUCGUCGCCCUCAACUUUCAGACACUUGAUUUAGCAAUGCAGUUGAAUUUAGGCCUGUUCGAAUAUAAUAAUAGAUCGGGAUAUAUGCUAAAACCUGAAUGCAUGAGGCGUAAGGAUAGACAUUUCGACCCCUUCGCCGAGUCGACUGUUGACGGGAUAGUCGCCAAUACCGUUGAAUUGAGAGUAAUUUCCGGACAAUUACUAUCUGAUAGGCGAGUUAGCACGUAUGUGGAGGUAGAUAUGUACGGUAUACCAGCAGAUACAGUCAGAAAAAAAUUUCGUACCAAAACUGUUCCAAAUAAUGGCAUUAAUCCAAUUUACGGUGAAGAAGCAUUCGUCUUUAAAAAAGUCGUACUGCCUGCUCUUGCGAUUCUUAGGAUAGCCGUAUUAGACGAGAAUAACAGAACUCUUUUAGGUCAUCGGGUACUUCCUGUCGACGGGCUGCGACCCGGUUAUAGACAUAUCUGUUUGCGAAACGAAUGCAAUCAAAGGGGGAAUAUGGCCUCUCUGUUCGUCUAUAUCAACGUUCGAGAUUACAUUCCUGAUUCGUUCGCCCAGUUUGCUGCCGCUCUUGCGAAUCCCAUCGCUUAUCAAUCCAAUAUUGAGAAACACACUCAACAAUUAUCCGUCUUCGACGAAUUCGACGUGGACCAACAGGAUGUAAACGGUGACGAUAAAGAAGAUUCCAUUAGGAGGGAUAGAAAUCAAAGUGUUAUUUCUAAAUCAUCUGAUGGUCCUCCCAUAUCCAGAGGGGGCAGUCAGCAUGGUCAACGUCCUCACAUGGAUAAACAACAAAGUACGGUGUCUACCAACAGUCAGCAAGCAGCUUCCGGUCCACCACCUCCAAUGUCGAGAAUGACGUCAUCUGUUUCGAAUGUAAUGGAAAGCGUCAGCGCGAAAUUGAAUGCUGGAGCAGCAUCGAAAAUCUCCAGUCUUCCUAAUAGCCCACAUCAUCAAGGUGAAAAUGGUGGCGUAAAACAACCAAAGACGUCCAACAAAAUAGACGUGAUAAAAAUCACGAGACUGAAAAACGCCGAGGUUGUUCCGGUAAUAACAAUAGAAACUCUUCAAGAGUGCAGGAAUUAUAGCCGAGUUGUGAUGAAGCUAGAGAAGGAUCUGGAUAGUUUAAAGAAAAAACAUGAUAAAGCCAGAGCCUCGCUAAUCGAAGUGCAUCAAUUACAAGAGGAGAAACUUCUUGUUAAUCAAGUGAAGAAUAAAAAUGCUGUAGAAAAAUUGCAUAGAAAGGCCAGUCGAAGGGCUAGUAAAAAGGGUUUACAUCCGAACGAAGGUAUGGCGGAGAAGGCAAAAGGCGAAUUGUCAGUAUUAAUGGAAAAGCAGGAGGAAGAACACCGUACUCUAAAGCAAACUCAGCAAGAAAGUCUUUUAGAACUGAUAAAAUGCCAUCUAAACGAAAGAAAAGAACUUCAACUUCGUUAUGUUCCAAAUUUAUUUGCAACCCUAGAGACUUUAUGCGAUAGUAAGUAUGAAGAAAUUAGAAAGAAAUUGGACGAUCUACAUAAUAAAGAGGUAAACGAACUAAAGAAAAGAUUAGACGUACAAAGCCGAGAAGAAAUGAAGAAUUUAGUAAAGAAACAUAAGGAUAAAAAUGAGCUAGCAAGGGAGAAGAAGGCUAGGAAAUACAUGCACUACGUUAAAAAAGGAGAAUUCCGAGAUGAAGUACUCAGACAAGCGAAAAAGGAAGUUCAGGAGUUGAAAGAUAUGUUAGUAAAAAGACAAAGGGAAAUGGAUGAGAAACGGGAACAAUUAAAAUCAGCCUUACAAGAUGAAAAGCGAAAGCGAGAGGAAGAGAUUAAUGAAGAAUUUGAUAGAGACUGGGAGAAUGCUAGGCUGGAAGUGAGGAGAGAGCCAUCAAAUGCUGGUGCUUCGGAAGCAACAAAUAUGUGAGAAAUGUCGUCAUAAUAAGUGCAAGCAGCAAACAAAAACUUGACUGUAGUCGUGUUCAAUAUUAAAAAACAAAAAAAUUAUUAUGUUUAAAGCAUUCCAUUUUGGUGCUGCAUGGCUGGCAAGUUGUAAAUGUUUGUGUUGUUUAGAACGGUCUUCCCUCUUUCCGCUCUUUCAACACCUCUUCAUUCCAGAACAAAGAGUAAAUGAAGUUCAAGACCUGCACUCAUUGCGCAUCCUGCAUACUUUUAGCCCGUUACUGAUUGAGAAAACUUUGAAUGUAGCCGUUGGGAGUGAAUGCUUUUGCAUUUACUAUGCAUUUAUGUUUUCUAUAAACUCUGAAUACAUGCAAAAUGUACGUUUGUCUAUUUUGUCUGAGUGUGUAAGAGUCUGACUGAGGCGAGGCUAAUAAUUUAAAAGGGGCUAGCCUGCAACAUAAAAUUGAAUAUUUUUUCAAUUUAAGAUAUUGUGUUGUUAUGUAUUCAAGUUUUUUUGCCGAUUUAUGCGUAUGAAUAAUUUAGUUAGAUGAAAGAAUAACAUGAUGAUGAU